ACUGUAUUCCUUAUUUCCUUGUUGUUGUUCACAACCGUGGUGAAGGCCAAAGAUAAAAAAACUGUGAAACCAGAAUAUGACCUGAAAAGGUCAGGUACCAAAUACGGAGGACGUGGAGGUUAUGACGGCUUGGGUGGAAGACUGAUCGGUGGAGGAGGUUUAGGAGGCCUAACUAUUCGAGCUGUACCUGUAGCAGUUAAUGGAGGUGGUUUGGGAGGAACUGGUCUGAGAGGAGGCUUAAGAGGAGGACUCGGAGGUGGCAUCGGGGGCAGUCUCGGAGGUGGCCUCAGAGGAGGUCUCGGAGGAGGCCUCGGAGUAGGACUGGGAGGUGGCUUCAGAGGUGGUAUCGGAGGAGGCCUCAGAGUAGGUCUGGGAGGUGGCUUCAGAGGUGGUAUCGGAGGAGGUCUGGGAGGAGGCUUAAGAAGAGGUGGUGGUGGUGGUGUUAUUGGAAUUCUUGCCAUUCCUCUUCACCUGGGAGUAAGAGGUGGUGGUGUUAUUGGAAGUGGUAGAAGAAUAUGGUGGGAUUAA